CUGUCAACAAAAGCAAAAACAAAAGAAAACGACAACAGAAAAUCAGCAGUUUUUUUUCUUUUCUUCCAGCAACAUUUUCCAAGUUUUUCACGAAAAAAACAAGUAAAGUUCGGCUGUGCUAUUUGGAAAUGAGAAAAUAGUGUGCUAACAGCAGCGAACAGCAAAAGAUGGAAGGUGACAGAUUCCUAAUGGCCGCGGGAGUGACGGCUGCUGUCGUCGUCGGCGCUUUCGUAUUCUGGGGCCCCUCUGGCAACUCUCGAUUGCGGCAGAGGCGCGGUCAGAUCGCCGGAUUGCAUAACUUUGGCAAGACCUGCUUCCUGAAUACGUUGCUUCAGGCUUUGGCCGCUUGCCCGCAGUUUAUCGCCUGGUUGCAGUUGCACAACACCAAGGACAAGAAAACGUUGGUCAGCUCGCUGCAGAAUGUGCUGGAGGUGGUCAAUGGGACACAUCCAACGUUACGUGGCGAUCCGUAUUCCCCGGGAGCGGUCAUCCGGGCGUUGAACGCCCAGGGCUGGGUCAUUCCACCGGAUGAACACGACACCCAUGAGCUGUUGCACGUUUUGCUGAAUUCCCUGGAGGAGGAAGUGACGAAACCGAAGAAGAUCGGAUGUCUGUCGGAUGCCCUGGGGGAGGAGGAACUGAGGGCGAUGAUGCCUCCGGCUAGACCUUCCAGUGCCAUGCUGUCGGACUUUUGCAACGCAGAGUAUGACGAAUCUACUAAUUUGACUCGAUACGUUCGAUCGGAAGCGCACACUCCGGACUCGCCCCAUUCGACCUGCACGGAAACGGAGGAUUCGAUGGCGGGAUUGGAAGGCUCGUUAAUGGAUUGCGCUGGAUCACCACCUUCGAUCAUUUCUACGUUCUCCGGACGACCGAGCAGACCGAAAUCGAUCUUGGCUACGGACAUGAGUCGCAACGGGACGCUGGACAAGCGAUCGUCCGGAUCUUGCAGGUCCCUGGAAAGGCUGACCCGUGGUCCGGGAAGGGUUUCCGUCUGGGGAGAUCGUAAACAGAUUCAAGUGCCCCAUCCGUUCCGGGGCGGUCUAAGCAGUCAGUUGUGCUGCUCCGGCUGCGGAUACAAAUCCGUUGUCCGUUACGACAAAUUCGACAGCGUCACACUUUCCCUACCGGAAAUCAAGAACCCGGGCAUUUCCGUGGGAAGUCUUCUGACCGAAUUCAUCCAACCCGAAACCCUGAACGGAGUGCAGUGCGAAUCGUGCAAUGAAACGACCACACACACGAAAACCCUCACCUUCAGCAAGCUUCCUGCUUGCCUAUGUAUUCACAUUGCCCGGACGACGUGGCUUCCGACGGGGCAUGCCUACAAGCGGCAAGACUUCGUCCACUUCCCGGAAACGCUCUCGAUGGCACCGUACAGUUUCGUGCAGCCCAGUUUGAACAGUGCCAUGAGCACCCCGUGGGGAUCGACUAUGUCUCUGUACUCGGCCAGUUUGGGGGCGGCUGCCUACGAGGCAACGAUCGGCGGCGGAGGAGCGCCAACGGAACAGAACACCCCAGUCGGAUCGGUUGGGAGUGCGUUCAAUUUUGGGUCGUACACCUUUGGCGCUAUGUUCCCGAAAAAUCUGUACCGGCUGCUGGCGGUGAUUGUGCACUCGGGCGAAGCCAACAGCGGACACUUUGUCACGUAUAGGCGAGGGGCGCUACGGAAUUCUCACAAGUGGUACUACACGUCGGACACGGUGGUCAAGGAGGUGACCAUCGAAGAGGUGCUGAGCACUCCGGCGUACAUGCUGUUCUACGAUCGGGGACCGUCUUCGAAGUAUACCCAGCCGGGAGGCGGCGGCGGAGGAGGAGGCCACGGCAUGUCCGGGACGUCCGGUUGAACGUCCCAAUUCCUAGCACUGAGAGAGCGAGGCGAUAUGGUAAGUUCGUAGAGAAUCGUAGUGACGUUACGCAAUUUAAGCAAUUACGCGGCGACUAGUCCGGGUAUGGUUUUAAGAGAUUUCCAAAGAAUUUCAUAAGAUGGGGGGAGGGAACUACUAUUUCCACCGGAUCGAUAUUAUAAACGAAGAAGAUUUAUUGAAAUCGCGAACAGGAAACGGUCGACUAACUACAGAAUUUAAACCAAUAUAGAAACUAUUUCAAAACUUCAGGCAUUUAUUUGAAGACUUGUGUCGAAAGCACCAGCCAUUUGUCUAUUCUAUACUUAAGUUUUUAGUUGUAGAAAAAAAAAUGAAAAAUAUUGAAUGUGUUGAAUGUUGAACUAGACUAACUGUAAAUACAUUUUAAACUGCCGUUCUAAGCAUAAAUGUUUCGUCCUGAUUAAUCUACCUUGUAUUUGUUUAGCGAAAUUUCUACUCCCUUUAGCUUGAUUUCUUGUUAGUGCCAUACCCUUUGAGUGCUUCAAACGAUUCGAACUCAUUGCAAUAAAAAUAAUUACUGAGAAUGUAUCGA